GGAUGGUUUAUUCGCUUGUACGACCUGUCCUUGGUUUUCUACGGGGAGGUGACAGCUAAACCUAAGGACUGCAUAGGCAAUAGAUCACCGAAACACCUUCGCAUAGUAGAUUAAGUGUCGUCAUGGGGUUUGUUCCAGACGAGGGGAAGUCUCUCGCUCCACCGGGAAUCGUGAACAGGAACUCGGUAUGGCUGUCCGGUAUGGGCUGGGUCUCCGCGAUGCUCCAAAAUGCCAUCAACCAUAGGCCGCCUCUGAAAUCAGGUGUUCAUCGGCAAGUUCUUCUGGCAACUAUUGGCUGGUUCAUCGGUUAUCAUAUUACAAAAUAUGAAAACUACACCUACGCUAGGCUGGACAGAGACAUGAAUGAGUAUAUUAAACUCCACCCAGAGAGAUUUGAACCUAAAGAAAAAAAGACCUUUGCAGAGAUUGUCGAGCCGUUCCAUCCUGUGCGCUAAGUCUCUGGUUAUCAUGGGAAUAAACGGAAGGAAAGCGAGAGGACAGACUCUUUUGUUAGGCAGCCUUUUUGUGAAAUCUGUCCUGUAUUGUGUGAACUAUGAUGAUGUAAAUAAAAUAAAUAAUUAACCAA